UUCCUUAUAAUGAGACAGACCAUUGGUCCAUCUAGUCCGGUACAAGGAGCUCUGACGCAGACACCGUACUGUAGCAACCGAGUGACGGCCAUAAAACUCACAGCCUCAGUACACCCGCAAAUGGACGGUGGAUUGUGGCGGUCACAAAACAGAACAGAACAGGCGGACGGGGAUAAGAGAUACAGGACCGGCGGGUGGCUGUUAUCGAAAGCAGCAACCGGCUGGGAAAAAGCACGAGAGCCACCCCAAAGUCUCCUGCCUUAACACCCGACGCUCCGUACCUUAUUAGGCGGCGCAGCCCGUAACCGCUUGAAAAGAGUCUGAAUCUCCGUCUUACUGGGCCCAGCCGCCAUGUUUUCUUUUUCCCAGCGCCCACCGCGGCCGGCAACGGGUCACUGUGAGGACCAAUCCGCGCGCUGGGUGCUUCCUUAGGCGGCUUCUCCUCUAGGGUCACUUCAGAGAGUGCUGCUGUUGCCGCCGCCAUGACACUCGAGGCAAAGUAGUCUCCACUUGGCGGGAGCCUGGUUUGGGGCUCUGAAGCUGUUGUUGAGAGGAGAACGAUGCCCAAAGCCUGCUCUGCCGUUAACUGCCCCAACCGGGACACUCGGGAGAAUCGUGCUAAGGGCCUUUCUUUCCACAGCUUCCCCAAAGCCCACGAGCUGAGGAAGAAGUGGAUGUUGGCUGUGAAUCGCAUUGAACCAGGAUCCAGGAAGCUGUGGAUCCCAGGCUCGGGCGCCUGCCUCUGCUCAGAGCACUUCAGCCAGGAUGAAUUUGAGAUGUACGGAGGGCAGAAGAGGCUAAAGGCGGGUGUGAUCCCCUCUGUGUUCUCCUUCAAGGAACCAACAAAAGGGCAGUAUCCAUCAAAAUCCCUGAAAGCCAUGGGCAACGGUCGGCCAGCAACUGGUAUCAGUGAAGCUGUUUCACCUGCUGACCCGACUACAGCACAAGCGAAAGCAGUGGAACUCAUCCAAGCUGAGCAUCAGUAUAGCCUGAGUGAAGCUAUGGAUACCAGAAUAAAAUCUUUUGCCCCCCCUGGGCCAGUGCAGGGGACUGAACGGGAGCAGGACGCAGCCCAGCGCCGCCUGUCCUAUUACCAGCAGGAGCUGUGGAGUGUGCUGGAGAGCCUUCGGGAGCAGUAUCUCCUCCAGAAGGACGCAGAGCAGACGUUGAGAUCCCAGUUCAGUGAUGUGCAGCUCAGUUUGCAAUGCGAGGGAGCCCAGUGCGAGAGCUACCCACCUGCCACCCGCAACUUUGCAGUCUCACUACAUUUGUUCUCAGCCAAGGCCUACGAAUUCAUGAAGAGGACUUUCCAACUCCCAGAGCCCACCACCUUACGCACGUGGCUCUCAAACUUGGAUUACAAGCCAGGAUUCAGCCAACAAGCCUUCAAUGCUUUGGCAGAGAGAUCACAAGCAAGAGAGCAAGCCUUUAAGUUAUGUUCUCUCCUUAUUGGCACAAUCCCUCUGGAAAGGAAAAUCCACUGUGACCCUUCUACCAGGAGUUUGCACGGUUUAGUGGACUUUGGUGCUGGGAAUUAUGAUGCAGAUGAGGUUUUGGCAGCUGGAGAAGCCCUUCUGUUUGUGGCUGUUGGAUUUCAAGGUCAGUGGAUUCUGCCUCUUGGCUACUUCCUCCUUGCCACCCUUAGAGGUGAUAUACAGGCCCAGCUCCUGUGCCACUGUAUUCUCAAACUGUAUGAUAUUGGCGUGCAGGUAAUCUCUGUGACAUCUGAUGCCACAGCUCCCAAUAUUGACACAGCCAGGCAGCUGGGAGUGGUGGUGGAUGGCCUCUCUGUUAAGUCUACAUUUUUCCAUCCAGCUACCCCUACGCUGAAAAUUGCAUACUACUUUGAUCCUAGCCAUUUAGUGUCACUGAUCCACAACGUGCUACAAGCUGACGGCAGCCUCCAGGUAAGUGGCAAGGCUGUCUGCUGGGAUUACCUCCUGCAUCUGGGGGCUCUGCGGGAAGAAGAAGUAAUGCAGGCAGCAUCCCAGGCUGGAGCAAUCAGCCCGCUGGAACAGCGAGUGUGGGGAAAUGGCACCACACAGUUGUUUAGCGAGGGCACGGUUCAGGCCUUGCAUUUUGCUGCCCAGCUUGGCCUGCCCCAGUUUCAGGGUCAUGAGACAACCAGCUACUUUAUUGGGCUGCUGAGUGCAGUUUUUGAUGCGUGCAGCAGUUGGAACGUCUAUGGGAAAGGUUUCAAGGCACCCCUGUCCCUCACCGGUGUUGACGCCCUCAACAAUCUCUGCAACGAGUACGAGAACCUGCUUCGCAAACUUCGCACUGCCACCGGGGAGCUGCUGGGGCUGAGCAGGCAUCAGUGGGGUUUUCUUGGCUUUCUGGUGAACCUGCGCAGCUCUCAGUGGCUGGUGCAGACCUAUCUACAGGCAGAAGACAAACCCAUCGCUUGCUUGCUGUCCUGUUGGUGGAACCUGGACCCUCUGGAGUGGUGCAAGGGAGCCAUCCGGCAAGCAUGUGGGCACACAGGUAUUGGCACUGCAUGGACUUUCCAGCGUGCAUACAGGCUGGUCUUAAAGAGAGCUCUUUCUGGUCUGGGCCUUGAUCCACCAAACCUGCUCGACAUAUCCUUAUGCAGACGAACUAGUCUCCAGUUGCAAGCCUCCUGGCCUUUGGGGCAAGGGCAAAUUUGGCAGUUGCACUGGGACGCUCAGCUUCCCCAAGAAACAAAUGGCAUAGCCCCAGCGUUUCUGGCUGAGUUAGAGGAGGACACAGUCACCUACAUUUCCUGUGUUGUUUUGGGGAAGCUGCUACCACUCCUACCCUGUGCUGAAUGCCGCGCAGCCCUGUUGUGCCCUUGUGAGGGAGUUCCUACAGGCAGUGCCCUAAUCUGUGUGGAGAGCAAGGGAGGAAAGUAUCGCCCAGCAAAGUCUGUACGGAGAGUGAUCCACAGAGCAAAGCAGGUUGUGGGCCUGUCUUCCUUGUUCCUGAGAGACUCCAGCCACCAUGGGUGCUUAGCACAGGAGCUGGCCAUCUUGGCAGAUGUGAGUGAGGAACCUGGUCUUUUCUCAUCACUGGUGAAUCACCUCUUUGAGAGCAAUGCUCUUGUUUCCAACCAUUAUGUCACUCUGUUGCAGGAGCUUGUGCGAGCUUUUUUGGCGCUGUGGCUUGAAGUAGUGCAAGGGCCACAAUCCAUGUCAUUGACUGAGGGACAUAGCUCUUUGAGGAGGUGGGUAGCAAGCAGUGCACAGGGGAUGCAAACUGCCCCAGCAGGAAAUGGCCCCAGCAAAUGCUCAGACUCGUGGAAUGGUACAAACCUAUUUGAAGGAGGUGAAAAGCAGAGUAUUGAUGUUUACCUGGCCUAGUAAGAGAAGCGGUGGCUAUGCACUUGGCCUCUUGAUUGGAACAAAUGGAGGCAGGGAAGCCCAAGCUGAAGUGACAUGCAGAAAGUCCAUUCCAGAGCCAACCUUUCAAGUGAAAAUGUAACGUGUGUGUGUGUCUUUGAGGAGCAUCUUUGCAGGAUUUAUAGCCUGUGGAUAUUGCCACCCAGUCAGAGAAAGAAAUGGCUUCUUAUAUUUGGUCCAGAGGUUGCUAUGUGGGCAUAUGAAACAAGCAUUUGCUUCUCCUGGAGCAGCCUAUUCAAGCUGUAUAUAGAUGGUGAGCUUUUAUUGGCUGAUCUGGGAAACCUGAAUCACUGAGCACAGCUGGAGGGCAUGGUUAAUCUGCAUAAUUUACCACCAGAAAAUGGGAUGAAAGAGCACCCAGAGGGCCCGACUCAUAAGUUGAGCUUUGCCUGAAGCACUUGACUAGGCCUCAUAGGCUCUCAGUAAACCAUAGCACAUUCUGUAAGAUAACCUUUGGAAAUUUCAUGUGUGUUUCCAAAUGCAGUUUUUGCAUUGAUUCCGUCACAUUUUAUUGGAGCUGCUAGAAAUAAGCUAGACUCCAGUGAAGUGGAAGAGAAGGUGAUUAUUGGUGGCAGGGUGGUUGUGGAGUGAGUUCCCCUCCAAUGGUUCUUUGUUCUUAUAGCUCAUACAGCAGCUCCAGGGCAAGAGAUCAGGGUUUGUUGUGGAAUUUUACAUUCUGGGAUCUGGCAAAGUAAAAUAACCAUCAUUUUACAGAUAUGAAAAUCAUCCAGCUCCAUAAACAUGUGAGUGGCAUGUGAAACUGAAUCAUUUAAUAGAUUCUGUGCCUCUUUUCCCGUUUCACUGCUAUGAGAUUUUUAUGAAUAGUGGUAUAUGAACUUUUAAAAACAAAAUAAAUCUCAUUUAGAAAUCCAGCUCUACAUCACCAGUUUAUAUGAAAAUCCGUGGUCAGGCAAUUAAGGGACCAUUCAAAGUGUCACACAGUAAUGAGUAAGCUUCAGAGUUCUCUAGAACUGUUGAGUAGGCUAGAUGUUUAAGCUACAAAAUUUCAUUUAGUCACUGUCUUAAAAUAGAGCAUAGGAGGAAAUAGACUAACCCUUCAAUCCUGUACAGGUCUACUCAGUUCUAUUGAGUUCAGUGGAGCUUACUCCAAGGUAAGUGGGUAGAAGACUGCAGCCUUAAUUGGAUUAGGCUCAUGAUGUGCUGUGCAGUUUUCAGGGUUAUACCUAGGCUUGCUGACCAGUCAUUUUUGAAAAUCUGACACCCAGCACUUAACAUCAGAUCUGUCUCUACCCUUAAGUGAAACACACAGGUUCUUCAGGUAAAGAUAAUGCUAACUGUAUUAGUGUAGGUGGUCCUUAUUUUGGAAUUUUUUUAUGGACUCUUACGGCUUUUUCGUGUGUGUUUUGGGGGAUACUGAAUUAGGAGCAGGAUUCUAAAACUAGUCUGAAAGAUUCUUCUACCACGAAGUCAGGACAUUGCUUUUUGAGAGUUACAUUCCUUCUAACCACUGGGUAUUCUAUCCAAUUUGGCUCCUAUUUACUCUUUUAUUAGUAUAUUAGUAUAUUUAUUAGUAUAUUUUAUUAGUAUACCACCAUCCUAAAACUAGCUUUGUCCAUAUAAAAAUAGAAUACAUGAGAAAUUCUAGGAAUAUUCUGAGUAAACAGUGACAUGAAAUAGAGAGAACACAAAUAUAAGGAGAGGACGAGUUAAUAGGGUGAAAUUGCUGCAAAUGACUGGAGAAAACAAAGCCUCUUAAAAGUAUACUAAAGUAUGAGAUUAAUCAAAGCAUGCCCGUAGGAAAUCUGAUGCAGCAGCCAAACUGUUGCAAAAAUAUGGGAGACAAAGCAGCAUUAUGAGAUGAUAUACUGAAAGUGAUAACAAAGCAAGGAUUCUGUGAUCAGUGAUGUUGAAAAAAAAUCUGUAUGGAGCAAAGUUUUGAUAAUCUGUAGAACUGUUGUACUUGAAGGCUUGCUUUUAUCUGCAGCUAAUAUUUUUCUAAUCCCUUUCACUAACAUUAUUUUUAUUACCUUCUAUUUGUCCACCAUUAGUCCUAUUUGACUUAACUUUGGAAGGCAAAAUGGUCAAGUAUGUUGUUGGUAAUUGCUACAAUUCGUCCAUAACCAGAAGUUUAAGUUCCUUCUAUAGCAGGAAAAAUAUGCGCCUUUAAACUGCAGAUGAGAACUAUUGUACUGUUUUAAACACAGUUCCAGUCUGGAAUUUCAAGAACCAUUGCUCUUUUCUCCAACUAGCUGCACAGAUUGGGAUUACUCCCUCCUCCACCUCUCUUAUUACUAACCACACCCUGGUCUGUAGAAGCAAAGCUGAGGUAGC